AUGGCCAAGGACGUAUUUUCAGUGCCAAUCUUUCUUGUCGUCUUUCGAGAGACACUGGAGACGGUCAUCAUUGUGUCUGUAUUGCUUGCUUUUCUCAAACAGACUCUCGAUGGCCCUGAGCGGGAUGUAAGGACAUACAAAGCACUUCGCCGCCAGGUAUGGCUUGGUGUUGCUGCGGGAUUCUUCCUCUGCAUGGUUGUUGCUGCUGCCCUGAUUGGUGUCUUUUAUACCGUUGGAUCCAAUUCCUGGGACAAAAAUGAGAACUACUACGAGGGUGCUUUUUGUCUCUUUGCCGCAGUCAUCAUUACAGUGAUGGGUGCUGCCCUUCUUCGAAUCGGCAAAAUGCAAGCAAAAUGGCGCGUCAAGCUCGCCAAGGCUAUCGAAUCACCCAUCAAAGCCGGCUCCAGGGGCUGCUUCUCCCACUGGCUGGAGAAGUACUCCAUGUUUGUUCUGCCCUUCAUAACCGUUCUUCGCGAGGGUAUUGAGGCUGUUGUGUUUGUUGCUGGUGUCACCUUCUCAGCUCCUGCAUAUGCCGUUCCCUUGCCCGUCGUCGUUGGACUCCUUGUUGGCGGCAUUAUCGGUUACCUUUUGUACAAGGGUGGUUCUACUGCCAAGCUGCAAAUUUUCCUUGUUGCCUCAACCUGUCUCCUUUAUCUCGUCGCUGCCGGUCUCUUUUCCCGUGGCGUUUGGCAUCUCGAGGCACAAAAGUGGAACAAUGCCAUUGGCGGUGAUGCUGCAGAAACUGGCAAUGGUCCAGGUUCAUACGAUAUCGACAAGAGUGUUUGGCACGUGAAUUGCUGCUCACCCACUUCCACCAGCGACGGCGGCUGGGGUGUCUUCAACGCCAUUCUCGGCUGGCAAAACUCCGCCACCUAUGGCUCGGUCAUUUCCUACAAUGUCUACUGGAUCUUUGUAAUAGCUGGUUUCAUCGUCAUGCGAUUCAAGGAAACCAAGGGCCACUGGCCAUUCAUGAAGGCCAAGGCCCCCGCUGCUCGGGAGGACAGCGUCAGUGGAAGUUCUAGCCCGCAGGAGAGCGAAGUCGUGAAGUCCACGAACGUGACGGAGAAGACUACCCCUGCAUAG